UUUCCAUUGAGCUACUAUAAUGAAAGAAAUCAUGUCUUUUCAUGGUUAUGGCGAUUUGUUCACAGUUAAAAGCAUUAAUUAUUUUACUUGGCAUAUUAUAUGUUAGGUUUUUCAUUUGUGUAAUAUAAUUAUAAUUAUAGUAUCAUAGCUACAAACGAGCACAAUGACGCUAUCUUUAGGCUGGGGUUGGCACCUAGGCGACCAAUCAAAGACUUGUUUAUAAGCGCGACGCAACGCAAACGCUCCCGGACAGCGCAAGUGAACGCGACGCACAGCUCUCACUGACUGCACUGAGCCGUUGUCAGACUGGACAGCUGGCAGCGUUAGUUGUGUCUGCUUUCAUCCGUAUGUAGGCUACCGAACAUUUUGAGGGUCAGGGAAGUUACGUUAAUUUAAGUGCGGAGAUUAACUCCACAGAUAAACCCCGCAUAUGGGAAGAGAUAUUUAGAAAAACAUCCAAAACUUUGACAGGUGGAUGUGAACUCCGUCUGGGAACAUGGAGCACCUGUCGUCGACCACCAACCGGUUCGUGAAUGCGAUGUACAGGCAGCGCGAUCCUGAGUUGUCUAGUUUAGCCAUAGAAGACUGUGAGGAUGCUGAAUUGGCCUAUACCAUGAGAGACCUGCCCCCUAGAGCCGGUCACACCUUCCCUGGCUGUGAGAUGCCCAUGAUGGACAGGGAGCCGGAUGGCAGCACCCGCCCUCAUACACCAGGGACACCCACUUUCACCCGGCCGAUGAACAGACGUUUCCUGGGCUCUGAGACGGAGUUACCCCACCAUGGACAGCUCAGCUCCAUGAGCUCUCUGGAUUCUCCCCUGAGCCCUUCUCGCCCGAAAAGUCCUUGGGGCAGAUUUGACCCUUAUGACUCUGCUGAGGAUCAAGAUAAGGAGUAUGUUGGCUUUGCAACGCUGCCUAACCAAGUGCACAGGAAAUCUGUGAAAAAGGGGUUCGCCUUUACUCUUAUGGUGGCAGGGGAGUCGGGUUUAGGGAAAUCUACACUAGUCAACAGCCUCUUCCUCACAGACCUUUACAAAGACAGGAAGAUGCUGAAUGCUGAAGAGCGGAUCUCACAGACAGUGGAAAUCACGAAACACACGUUGGCUAUAGAAGAGAAAGGAGUCAAACUGAAACUCACCAUUGUGGAUACACCAGGAUUCGGGGAUGCUGUCAACAACACAGAGAGCUGGAGGGCAGUUGUGGACUACAUUGACCAGCAGUUUGAGCAAUACUUUCGUGAUGAAAGCGGCCUCAACCGUAAAAACAUUCAGGACAACCGUGUGCACUGCUGCGUCUACUUCAUCUCACCUUAUGGCCACGGACUCAGACCGAUGGACGUGGAGUUCAUGAAGAUGCUACAUGAGAAGGUCAACAUAGUGCCUGUGCUGGCCAAAGCAGAUAGUCUCACUCCACUGGAAGUCAGAAAAAUGAAAAUGAAGAUUCGUGAGGAGAUUGAGAGAUUCGACAUCAACAUCUACCAGUUCCCUGAAUGUGAUUCAGAUGAAGAUGAGAAGUUCAAACUUCAGCACCAGGAACUGAAGGACAGCAUUCCCUUUGCAGUAAUUGGCAGUAAUGUCCAAGUUGAAAGCCAAGGCAGGCGCUUCAGAGGCCGUCAGUACCCCUGGGGUGUGGUGGAAGUGGAGAACCCUGCUCACUCCGACUUCCUGAAGCUGAGGAACAUGUUGGUGCGCACGCACAUGCAGGACCUGAAGGAUGUGACACGGGAAACUCAUUACGAGAAUUACCGCGCUCAGUGCAUCCAGAACAUGACCCGCAUGGUGGUCAGGGAGAGGAAACGCAGCCUGUGUAACCGGCUAAGAGACAGCGCCUCAGACCUUCCUGUGCCUCUGAUGCCUGUGGACAGCGAGACUGAGCGCCUUAUUUGGGAGAAAGAUGAAGAGUUGCGCCGAAUGCAGGAAGUUCUGGAAAGGAUUCAGGAACAGAUGCGUCAUGGACAUUAACACAUAAUAAUCAAUUAAUUUUAAUGUGUUUACGAUAGAAAUAUGGCUUGAGAUAUAAAUACUACAUAAAUACUUUUAAUAUUUUAGAUUGAAUGUAAAUAUGACUGCUGUGAUACAUAAGAAAUAAGACCAAUACAACUUGACUUGUAAAUGUCAUAAGAU